AUGAAGCUCCAUAGAGGACCCAAGCACCAGUCUGCACAUUACGAAGAUGCCCGCCCAUCCUCCGUGAAGCACUCCAGCCAUCAGUCUGCACAUUACGAAGAUGCCCGCCCAUCCUCCGUGAAGUACUCCAGCCAGCAGUCUGCACAUUACGAAGAUGCCCGCCCAUCCUCAACGGAGUACUCCAGCCAGCAGUCUGCACAUUACGAAGAUGCCCGCCCAUCCUCAACGGAGUACUCCAGCCAGCAGUCUGCACAUUACGAAGAUGCCCGCCCAUCCUCCGUGAAGUACUCCAGCCAUCAGUCUGCACAUAACGAAGAUGCCCGCCAAUCCUCCGUGGAGUACUCCAGCCAUCAGUCUGCACAUUACGAAGAUGCCCGCCCAUCCUCAACGGAGUACUCCAGCCAUCAGUCUGCACAUUACGAAGAUGCCCGCCCAUCCUCAACGGAGUACUCCAGCCAUCAGUCUGCACAUUACGAAGAUGCCCGCCCAUCCUCAACGGAGUACUCCAGCCAGCAGUCUGCACAUUACGAAGAUGCCCGCCAAUCCUCCGUGAAGCACUCCAGCCAUCAGUCUGCACAUAACGAAGAUGCCCGCCAAUCCCCCGCGGAGUUCUCCAGCCAUCAGUCUGCACAUUACGAAGAUGCCCGCCCAUCCUCCGUGGAGUACUCCAGUCAGCAGUCUGCACAUUACGAAGAUGCCCGCCCAUCCUCCGUGGGGUACCGGUAUUCCAGCCAGCGGUCUGCACAUUUCGAAGAUGCCCGCCCAUCCUCCGUGAAGUACUCCAGCCAGCAGUCUGCACAUUACGAAGAUGCCCGCCGAACCUCCGUGGAGUACUCUAGCCAUCAGUCUGCACAUAACGAAGAUGCCCGCCCAUCCUCCUCGGAGUUCUCCAGCCAUCAGUCUGCACAUUACGAAGAUGCCCGCCCAUCCUCCGUGGAGUACUCCAGCCAGCAGUCUGCACAUUACGAAGAUGCCCGCCCAUCCUCCGCGGAGUUCUCCAUCCAUCAGUCUGCACAUUACGAAGAUGCCCGCCCAUCCUCAACGGAGUACUCCAGCCAUCAGUCUGCACAUUACGAAGAUGCCCGCCCAUCCUCCGCGGAGUACUCCAGCCAUCAGUCUGCACAUCACAAAGAUGCCCGCCCAUCCUCCGCGGAGUACUCCAGCCAUCAGUCCGCACAUCACAAAGAUGCCCGCCCAUCCUCCGCGGAGUACUCCAGCCAUCAGUCUGUACAUCACAAAGAUGCCCGCCCAUCCUCCGCGGAGUACUCCAGCCAUCAGUCUGCACAUCACAAAGAUGCCCGCCCAUCCUCCGCAGAGUACUCCAGCCAUCAGUCCGCACAUCACAAAGAUGCCCGCCCAUCCUCCGCGGAGUACUCCAGCCAUCAGUCUGUACAUCACAAAGAUGCCCGCCCAUCCUCCGCGGAGUACUCCAGCCAUCAGUCCGCACAUCACAAAGAUGCCCGCCCAUCCUCCGUGGAGUACUCCAGUCAGCAGUCUGCACAUCACAAAGAUGCCCGCCCAUCCUCCGCGGAGUACUCCAGCCAUCAGUCCGCACAUCACAAAGAUGCCCGCCCAUCCUCCGCGGAGUACUCCAGCCAUCAGUCCGCACAUCACAAAGAUGCCCGCCCAUCCUCCGCGGAGUACUCCAGCCAUCAGUCCGCACAUCACAAAGAUGCCCGCCCAUCCUCCGCGGAGUACUCCAGCCAUCAGUCUGUACAUCACAAAGAUGCCCGCCCAUCCUCCGCGGAGUACUCCAGCCAUCAGUCCGCACAUCACAAAGAUGCCCGCCCAUCCUCCGUGGAGUACUCCAGUCAGCAGUCUGCACAUCACAAAGAUGCCCGCCCAUCCUCCGCGGAGUACUCCAGCCAUCAGUCCGCACAUCACAAAGAUGCCCGCCCAUCCUCCGCGGAGUACUCCAGCCAUCAGUCCGCACAUCACAAAGAUGCCCGCCCAUCCUCCGCGGAGUACUCCAGCCAUCAGUCCGCACAUCACAAAGAUGCCCGCCCAUCCUCCGCGGAGUACUCCAGCCAUCAGUCCGCACAUCACAAAGAUGCCCGCCCAUCCUCCGUGGAGUACUCCAGCCAGCAGUCAAACUAUAAUCCUCCAUUGAGUACCCUUCUUCACUCUCACAGGGCAUGA